AUGAAAAGAGGAGCAAUAUUCUUUUUUGCCGAAGGGAUGGCAUAUAUUGUUAUAUUUUUUGUUUUUGGUAUACAAUUACUAAAAGAGAUAUCUUAUAUACGUAUUCCUUAUGGUAUACUUUGUUAUGUUUAUGAUAUUGAUGAACCAUAUGAAAAUCCAACUGUAUUUAUGUUGUACAUUGUUGCCAUUCAUUUUUAUACUAUAUCAUGGUACUUUAUAUUACUUUGUUGGGUAAAGUUGGUAGUAACGUUUUUCUCAAAAGAUAAAAAGGUUGAUUUUAGAAGAAGUAGAGUUGUGGAAUAUAUAAUUACGGUGGUCAUCAUUUUAACUUCGAUAUUCCAUGUGGUCAUUAUAGCACUCUACUACAAAUACCCCAAUAAUGACUAUGAUGUAUGUUGGCGUUGGUUCUUUGGUAUGAUUGCUGCCAUCAUCUUUAUCUCUUUUACCUUUUACGGAUCGAAUCUUAUUAGACAACUGUCUGGUUCCAACAAGGAUAUCGAUGUUGUCAUUUUAAGAAAGAUGUACUUUUUACUUGGACUAUUGGCCUUUAUGGGUCCGGUAUUGGCAGUUUUAAAUCCAACCUAUUAUUACUAUGCUAGAAGCAAGGCUCCUCAAGAUUGGUAUAAUCUAGUGUUUUACGGUAUUGAAAUCAUCAAUUCCUUUGCAGUAUUGACUCUUUUAGGUCGUAAUCCACUCCUUUUCAAGAUUAGAGAGAUGGUUGGUAUAUCAGAGAUUUACCACGGUCUCCAAAAAUCAACCAUCAAGUUGGGAUCCAUGACACGAACCAAUAGUGACCAAUCGGGUGGUCACUCACUUGACAAGAUGUCAUCUUCUCAAGGCAACAGUUAUUCCAUGACUCCUUCCAUCUCUUCACCUGUUGCAGACUCUACUUUGCAAACUAAUAAUAGUACUAUAGAAACAAAGAAUAUUAUUAUUGUUGAUGGUGCUGAUAUUGAUUCAUCACCUGACAAUAAUAAUGAUGAACAACCUUAA